CAGCUGCUUAGGGCCAGCUUCAGGCCGGGCACAUUCUGACCUCUAACCCCUGAACCCCCCCACAAGCCCUCCGCGAUCCCAACCUCCCCAUCCCCUUCAGCCCUCCCUUCAGAGCAGCUGCCAACUAAAUUACAUCAAUGUCAAAAAGCCCUCCUGCUCUGCUGGGGAGAUGGAGCCUGGUAAACAUGACGCAGAGCGGGAAUCACAGUGUAACACGGGAAGUGCAGACACUUUAGAUUGUAUGCCGGAAUUACAGUAACAGAUAAGGAUGGUGAUUAUUGUUAACAAAUGACCAAAACAAUGUGCCACUGUGUCUCUUACAUACAUGCCACUUCCCCAGCUGGUCGAUCGGUUUCUACUGUAGACAUAAAUCACUACAGGUCAUGAAUAUACACACUUUUUUUUUAUGGCCAAAAAAAAAAUCCCAAAACAGCUGGGUACUGCUGUUAUAAGCAGCAGAGUCAGUGCAGUACUGGGUUAGUAUUAGAUGAAUUGAUUUAAAUAACUACAGUUCAUGGAAAUGAGGGAACUUGUCACUGAGUACAACAGUGCAGCUCACUGAUGUGUUUUUAAUGGUCUAUGGACAACCGUACAGCUCUAUGGCACAGAGGAAGAAGAUAUAUCAGGCUUUGGCUACAGAGGCAGUACUACUAGAUUGUGGUCUUUUCAUGGGAUUUGACAACAAUAACAAAAAUAGAGAGUAUCACCAGAUUUAUUCUUUAUCUACAUUUUUGUUGUGUUCCUCCAUAUAGUGCAGAAACAGUUCAAGGCACCAAUCGGUCAAUCAACAGAAAACAGUUUUGAUCAUUGAUUAAUCAUUUAAGUUAUUUAAGUGAAAAUGCUGUUUCUUAGUUGAAUAUCUUUGGGCUUUUGCACUGUUGAUUGACAGAACAGCAGUUUGAAGACGUCACCUUGGAUCAAUUAAUUGACAAUAAUCAAUUAUUUAAAAAAAUCCCUGUUUAUUGCAGCCCUAGUUUAGUAACACAGUCCAGCCAUGUAAGUGAUUCUCUCUGCUUAGAUCACAGUUAGUGACUAAAUACACUAACUUAGCUUAUCCCAAUAAACAAGUAUUAUGACAGCCACCACUGUGGCUUACACAGACAAAUGGACAAGCUGGAGGAAGGAACUCCUUCUCCAAAAUGGCUGCUGGGCUAGCAGCUAACUAGCUGGCCUCUGUGUGUGUGUGUGUGUGUGUGUGUGUGUGUGUGUGUGUGUCUGGGUUGGGGUGAUUGAUUGAAGUCAUUACGCUGGUGGAGAGACUCCUUACCUGGCUAAUCCAGGAGUGAAUUUAGCUGCAGGAUGACAGAUAGCCGCAUUACACCCCCAGAAUCUGCUGCCGGAUGAGCUCUCCUGCUCAGGAUCUCCACUACCAAAUUAUGCAAAAUGGCUUGUAUAAUGCACAUAUCAAUAUUAGAUCCAUCUUCAAAUCCCCAGCCACAGUGUUACACUAAAUUCAAGGAAUCUGAAAACAAAAAUGCUCAAUUAUCUGACAUAUUAAAUCACUGUGUGUUAAAAAUCCAUUAAAAAAAUAUUUUGUUAAGUGCAUUUUAACCUUAAGUAUAGUUUAUAUUUUGUGUAAAUGAAAUAAGAAUACACCACAACAGAUUAGGGGCAGCAAUUUACCCAGAAUUUACAAAUGAGUCAGUAUCAGAUAGGUGCACAAACAACCUGUGAGGAGAGGUUUUCCUCCAAGCAUGAGCAGUAGUUGGCAGACAUGGACAAAACGGAGCUAAAGGGGAGCAGUGGAGGCCUUGCAUGGGCUCUGGGGGUGAGGAUAAAAUGUAGGAAGAUGUUGCUGGGCACAUGUAAGAAGCCCACUAGAGUCAUUGCUAGCCAUUGUACUGUACCUCAGGCAUGUUGAGGCUGAUGGGCUUAGUGCGAGCAUUUGACUAAAGUUGAGACAGGCUUUAUUAGCUGCAGGCUAUGUUAGAGAUGGAGCAGUGAAUGGGCAACAACAGGCUUAUUGAACCAGUGAGCUGAACAGCAACAUGUCUGUUGGGUACUGAUGCCUCUUGGCUACUUCACCACAGCACUCGCUGUCUAAAACACAUAAACCAUUGUAGUGUCAAGAAACGGUGAAUUUGGGAUGUUACUGCUUUGUUGAACUGUGCAACCAAGCAUGAAGAGAUUACAGUUAAAUGUUGCUUGUAUUAUUAAGACUUUAGUGUAAACCAAAAUUGGACAUGUAAUUUCAGCACACUAACACUGACAAACAACCAUCACAUGUUUCACUGACACUGAGGAUUAUUUUGAUACCACAACUAUGAAGUAGUAUUUUAUGAGUUUCAGAGCAAACUGUCAUUGUGUGUUCUGUGUGUGCAUGAGUGUGUGUGAAUGAGCCAUAGCAGCUGAUAUGAGAGCUGGAGCCUGAGACGCCAGAAAACGCCCCAAAUUGCAGCGUCUGCCAUGCGCUGAGCCUCCUGCACCAAGACACUGUCUUUUGUUCUCCCCUGCUAGCGGGAGAAGCCUGACAGCUCUGAAAUGAUCCUCUCUCCUCUUCCACACAGACACAGAGACACACACACACACACACACACACACACACACACACACACACACACACACACACACACACUUUUCAUUUCAAUUACUCUGCUAUAGAUUUCCCAGUUUUGCGUGCACACAAAAGAGGCAUAUACACACAUGCACAAAAACAUACAUUCUCCUGUCUGUCUCACUCCUAUAGCCUCUAUUUUUCCUCCCCACCUCUCAUUUUCACUGCCUGUCUGUCUCUCUCUCAUUUUUCCUCACUGGCUGGCUGUGAGGAUGGCGAAUCCCUCAUGGAUUUCUGGAGGGUAUCACCAUGGAGACGGGGCUCUGCCACACGUGUCUAUAGAUCCUCCUGCUGGAUAGGGGGCACAGCCAGAGGUGGUGCAUUCCCUCCAUCUCUAGUCUGCUCUGCUGAGAGAGAAGGAGAGACAACAAUGAGCUGAGGUUGAGGGGGAGAGUGUGUACGGCUGCCCUCUGGCCAAGAAGAGAAAGAGUCUAGACAGACAAACCCUGGAAACCUCCCCCAAGAGGAGCACCUACCUAGAUGACAUGGACAACUCCACCAUGGAGGAGUGCUACGAGACAGACGGAACCGAGGAGAUGGACGACAGGGAGGAAGAGGAGGAGGAAGGAGCGGUAGAGGAGGAGGAGGAAGAAGGAGAAGUAGAGGAAGAAGAAGAGGACAUGGAAGGCUACAUGGACUACAACGUAGCGCAAAUGGAGCAUGAAGAAGGGGAGGUGGAGAGAGGGGAUGGAGAGGGUGAAGAAGAGGAGGAAGAAGAGGAGGUAGAGGUAGAGCAAGAAGAGGAGGAAGAGGGUGACGAGGAGAGGGUGGAGGAAGCAGAGGAAGAGGAAGAAGCAGUAGAGGAGGUGGACUAUGACGAGGGAGAGGAGGAAGAAGGAGAACAGAGUCAUGGGCAAGAGGACGAUCAGAUGAGCAGUGGUGAGGGGGCCGAGGGCGAUGGUGGAGGUGGUGGCGGCAAUGCCAAAUCUGGCCCAGCGACGGAGAAGGACGACAACAACAAUGACGAGUACGAGAACUAUGACGAACUCGUAGCCAAGUCCCUCCUCAACCUGGGCAAGAUCGCAGAAGACGCUGCCAACCGAGCCAUGACGGAAUCUGAGAUGAACAGCAACUCCUCUAACAGCGCUGAGGAAGAAGAAGAGGAGGAGGAAGAGGAAGAAGAGGAGGAGGAGGAUGACGACGAAGAGGAAGAGGAGGAGGAAGAAGAAGACGAGGAGGAAGAGGAGGAAGAAGAAGAGGUGGAAGGGGAUGAAACACAGCGGGGUGAUCUGAGUUUGGACGUUGACAGCGAUGUGGUUCGGGAGACGGUGGACUCCCUUAAACUGCUGGCACAAGGUCACGGUGCAGUAUUGGCUGACAAUUUAGACGGACAGGAGUUUGAGGAUGGUACAACUGAGAAUGGGGAUGAGAAUGACUGUACUCACAAUGGGGGAAAUUCACACAAUGGUGGUAAUGGACAAGUUAAGACCACCAGUAAUGGACAAAUAGAAAACAGUGACGAAGAAGUGUGUUUAAGCAGUCUGGAGUGCCUACGGAACCAAUGCUUUGACCUGGCUCGGAAACUAAGUGAAACCAAGUCUGCUGACCGAAUCGGACCAUCCCAGCAAAAUCAUUUUUCAUGCGGGGAUCCCAAUCAACAGCCCCAGCAUCACAGCUAUGGGGAUUUUCACCACAGCCAAGACGACAGGCGGACACUUGAUAGGAACUAUUCCGACAUGGACAAUCUUAUGAAGCUUGAGGAACAGCUGAGUCCACGCUCCAAGGCCUUCUCCAGUUGCGCACAGGACGACCGAUAUCACACCAACCACCGGGACUUCGAUGAGGACACAGCCUCUGUGACGUCGGACCGUUCAGAAGAAGUGUUUGACAUGACAAAGGGCAACCUGUCCCUGUUGGAGAAGGCCAUUGCACUAGAGUCAGAACGUGCCAAGGCAAUGCGGGAUAAAAUGGCGGCUGAGGCUGCUAGGAGAGACGGGGUGAGAUAUAGUCAUGAAGACCAUGGCCCACGGCAUGGCUACGGCCUUGAGCGUAAAGCCCGGCUUCCUGAUGGUAUGAAGAAGCCUUUCUACCAUAAAGAUGCUUCACGUGCAGACAAGAAGGAAAGUCGGUGUCCGACACCAGGCUGCGACGGCACGGGUCACGUGACGGGCCUGUACCCCCACCAUCGGAGCCUGUCCGGCUGUCCGCACAAAGACAGGGUGCCACCAGAAAUUGUGGCUAUGUAUGAGAAUGUUCUUAAGUGUCCUACGCCUGGCUGCACGGGACGCGGCCAUGUCAAUAGCAACAGAAACUCCCACAGAAGUCUGUCAGGAUGUCCUAUUGCGGCAGCUGAGAAGCUGGCCAAAGCCCAGGAGAAGCACCAGAGCUGUGACGGCCCCAAGUCCAACCAGGCUUCUGACCGAGUCUUAAGGCCUAUGUGCUUUGUCAAACAACUGGACUAUCCACAGUAUGGUUACAAGAACAAUGUUUCCACCAGCACGCCCCGCUCCAACCUGGCCAAGGAGCUGGAGAAGUACUCCAAGACCAGCUUUGACUACAGCGCCUUUGAUGGCAGUAACAACCACCAAGUGUACGGGAAACGGGCCAUCGCACCCAAAGUUCAUGGACAAAGAGACACCUCCCCCAAAGGAUAUGACGCCAAACGUUACUGUAAGAACUCCAGCUCGGCCAGCAGCACCACCAGCACCUACGCUCCCAGCAGUAGCAGCAGUAGCCUGAGCUGUGGAGGUGGAGGAGGGGGCGCGGGAGGAGGAAGAGGGGGCGGGGGCAGCAGCGCCAGCAGCACCUGCAGCAAGAGCAGCUUUGACUAUAGCCACGACAUGGAGGCCGCCCACAUGGCAGCCACGGCCAUCCUCAACCUGUCCACGCGCUGCCGGGAAAUGCCCCAUGGCAUGGGGGGAAAGCCCCAGGACCUGUGCUCGCAGAGCCCCGGUCUAGAUGUUGAUGAAAAUGGUACGUUGGACCUGAGUAUGAGCAAGCGUCUGUGCAGCGGCGGCGGUGGUGGAGGGGACUCGGUGCUCACCCCUCUAGAGCCCAUGUCCCCCCAGAGGCAAGCCGCCCUGCUGGGCUCCCGCUGCUACGGCAUGGGGGAUGCCGCCGACUGCUGGGACCUGCCUGUAGACUACACCAAGAUCAAACACAUAGACGAGGACGAGAAAGAGCCGGAUGACUUGGAUCCCUUCCAUGACCUGCUGGACGACCGCUCCUACACCACAGAUGUUAACAUGCCCAGCCCCAAGCCCAAGUAUGUCCAGUGCAAAGAGAGUAAGAAGGACCUGAUAACAUGUCCCACACCGGGGUGUGAUGGAAGUGGUCAUUUGACGAGCAAUUUCGCCUCACAUCGAAGUCUCUCAGGUUGUCCUUUAGCUGAUAAAAGCAUUCGAAGUAUGCUGGCCAACAACGCGCAAGAGCUCAAGUGCCCGACACCAGGGUGCGAUGGUUCGGGACAUAUCACUGGCAACUACGCCUCACACAGAAGUCUCUCAGGGUGUCCGCGGGCCAGGAAAAGUGGGAUAAAGAUCAUCCACAGUAAAGAGAACAAGGAGGACCAGGAGCCUAUCAGGUGUCCUGUCCCAGGUUGUGAUGGUCAGGGACAUGUGACAGGGAAGUAUGCGUCCCACAGAAGUGCAUCAGGAUGCCCCAUAGCAGCCAAGAGACAAAAGGACGGCUACCUAAAUGGCAUCCAGUUCACAUGGAAGUCUGGCAAGACAGAGGGCAUGUCCUGCCCCACACCGGGCUGCGACGGCUCGGGUCACGUCAGCGGCAGCUUCCUGACACAUCGCAGUCUGUCGGGUUGUCCACGUGCCACCUCCGCCAUGAGGAAAGCCAGGCUCUCUGGAGUGGAAAUGCUAACAAUAAAGCAGCAACGUGCCAGCAACGGACUGGAGCACGAAGAGGAGAUCAAACAGCUGGAUGAAGAAAUCAAAGAUUUAAGUGAAUCAAAUUCACAAGUGGAAGCAGACAUGAUCAAACUUCGAACACAGAUUACAACAAUGGAGUCCAGCCUGAAGUCCAUAGAGGAGGAAAACAAGGUGAUUGAACAGCAAAAUGAAUCUCUCCUGCAUGAGCUGGCCAACCUCAGCCAGUCACUGAUUAACAGUUUAGCUAAUGUCCAGCUCCCUCAUAUGAAACCACUGGCACAUAAAGAGCCUCCUUUAAGGAAUAACAGCUGCUUACAGAUGCACCAGCAAGAGCCAAUAAGCGAGCAGAACUUUGACGCCUACGUGACCACUCUAACGGAUAUGUACACAAACCAAGACCAGUACCAGAGCCCGGAAAACAAAGCCCUGUUGGAAAACAUCAAGCAAGCUGUUCAAGGGAUCCAAGUGUAACCAUUCAGCAAAGGGAGAUUUUUGUUCCCUAAGCAGGUGUGGGUGUUGUAUCAAUUCCACAUACGAACAGGCAGUGAUGGGUUAAUCUCCUCGGUUCGGUGCAGUAACUUAUAUAGUGUUAUAUAUUCUAAAUUCUGUUCUCUCAAAAAAAGAGGUAUUAUGCUUAGAAAGACCUCGAGAUAAUUUCUUUCUUUCGUUCUUUUCUUUUUAGGCCUUGCUUUGAGGAAGAACAUAAAAGAGUAACCGGCAAAAUAGUUUUUGAGGACAUUCACAUUUUGUACGUUUUCAUAUGAGCUGACAUAGUGUCAUGUAAUGUUUCUAGCUGCUCAUGUAUGCACAUUUUUAGUGUAUAUUUCUGAACAGUAAGCUAAUGAUAACGGAACGCAAGUUCUUUUUAUUGCUUGACAACAAAGCAUUUUAGAUGAAAAAACUGGACAGUGAAAUAAAAAUGAAAAAACUACAAGCAAGGAGGAAGCUACUUAUUUUUCUCCUCACUGGAUGAUUUUGGACUUGAUGAUUUUAGAUGUUUUUUCUUCUUCUUCUUUUUGCGUGUACAUUGUUCAAGAGCAAGAACUGGUUUGCGAAUCGCUUUAUUUUCUGACAAUGCUUGAGAAACGUUUGUGUUUUGUUUUGAUGAAAAAAAAGAUGUGUAGCUGUAGGUGGGGGCAUUUUUAAUUGGUGCUGUAGAUGAAUCUGGAGAGGAAACUGACCUGAUGUAUGUAUGAAUGUAUGUAUGAACAGUUAUAUUGUAAACAUCAUUACACGGAAACCCGAUGGUGGAAAUCCCAUUAUCUAGGAGAGCCAAUUAAUUCCUAGAGGAAGACAUCUGUGCAGCGCAUGCAUGUUCACAUGCUCAUCCUUAACUAAUCUCAAACAGAAAUGAUGUGUAAAGACAAUGACCUAUAGAGACCACAUUCUAGCCUUUCUAGUAUCAAAUCUGCUCAAUUUCGAGACUCGUGUUGCUAGGAUCAAGAAAUGUCUCAGCAAUAUAAUAAGUGAAUAAUUUGUUUAUAGUAGGUACGGGAUGCAAUCUGCAAAGGAAAAAAAUGUUGGGUAUAUGCAAUUUCUUGUUUAUAAGCAUAGCGGGGUAACAUGAAUCUUUUUAAUAUAGCCUAUGUAAAAUAUUGAUUUUUAUACAAAUCUUUUAAUACAAAAAGUCUUUUUAAAAAAGAGGAGGGAACCUGGACAUUGAGUUUUAGAAGCGAAAGUAUAUGAGUUCCACUUUUUUUCUGUACGAUUUUGCACAGGGACACCUUCGUUUCCAUGUUUUGAUGUUCUUACAGAAACUAAAAGCAGUACCCGAGAGCCUAAAAGGAGGGUUUCAGAGGGUUUUGUAAAGAGUAUUUAUAGAGUAUGACAGCGGGACUUACAGGGUCACUGUCCCCACUUAUGUGCCAGUAGACUAUUUGCACUUGUCCUUGAAGAUAUUAUCCUUACGUACGGCGGCGUGCAAUUUUCCAGGUGACCUCUUUGGCACACGAUUGGAGCAACCAACUGCUUGGAGCCACUGUAGGUGUGGAUUUAGUACCACUGAGAGAGGAAGAACAGGGACUUGAAAUCAGAGAAGAGGAUGAUUAUAACCAUAGCAGUUAUACUGUAGGCUAUUAUCAAGUGUAAAAACAUUAACAAUGUUCUUUCAUUUUUGCUAUGUUUUAGGAAGAUGAAGUUAUCCCCCAGCAGCACUUUAUAUCUAAUCACUGUACAAAGGAUUAAAUAGUCAAUCAAUUCAAGGUUUUAAAAAAAGCAGAAGAAACGGUGAACGAGACCUUCGAGGGGUGAUACAAUCCAGCGUGACGCCCGUAUGCCUGACUGUAUGCACCCCUUCGUUCUGUUGUUCUAGUUGUUAGCGAUCAUGUUCAGAAUUUGCCUUUUUGAGAGCUAAUGCAAAAGGUGCUUGUUGUUCACCUGAUUGAAUCUCAUCUAUUGUACUUUACUGUCCUCUUUCAGGACUCUACUACCCAUCAUCCAUGACUGCAUACGCCUUUUUCCACAGCAUCGUGUCUGCAGCUUUUUGCCAAUAUAGUAAUGCUUCAGUAGAGUAAUAGCUAGUACCAGUUUUUGAAUUAAUUCUCAUUAUCAGUAAAAAGGGAAACGGGAUUUAAAGCACAAACCGGCUGCUCAUCUGAUGUUGGUACAUAAAUAACAAAUCUGAAUAGAGUUAUCUGUGACUAUCUAUAGGGAACACAAAAAGGUUGUCACAUAUUUAGAAAGCUGACUUUUCAUAUAAAUUAUUGUGAAUUCAUCAGAGUUUAUUAUUUUAUUUGAGCCAAUUCAUUUUGAGACUGGUUUUCAGUGACCAUUAACAAAGACAGGAUUUUGUAUAAACUAUUGUGCUCUCUGUGGAACUGAAGUUUGAUUUAUUUUUGUACUACACAGCAUGGAUUUGUUGACAUUUUAAUUUUGCUAUAAAUGUGUGAGAUCACAAGUUGCUGUGAUAUUUCAUUUAUAAAUUGUGAACUUUGUACAAUUUUUGUCAUGCUGGAUGUUGACACAUCUUACUCUGAAUAAAGAAAAAAUGUGUUGCCA